AUGCAGAAAGUGUGUAAAUUCUUAGUUCUUUGGCUGCUGCUGCUUUGUGGCCAUGCGAACGAGGUUCAGAGUCAAAAUAGCACUCAGGCUAAAACGUUAAACGAUCUGCCACCGGGUAGUGAUAAGGAACUAUCCGAUUUGGUCAUCACCACAGCAUUGGGCAAGAUACGGGGCACUAUUUUACCAUCGCAGGCGGGUCGAAAUUUUUAUGCCUUUCGCGGUAUUCCCUAUGCCAAGGCACCUGUUGACAAUUUACGCUUUAGGCCCCCAGAGCCCAUUGAGCAAUGGUUUGACGUACUCGACGCCACCUUCGAUGGACCAAAGUGCCCACAACCGGGACUCUUCAGCGAGGAUAUUAGCGAGGACUGUCUGCGCCUGAACAUCUACACACGUGAACUGCCCAGCGAGGCGCAACCGAAUGUGAAGAAGCCAGUUAUAGUGUUCAUACAUCCCGGCGGCUUCUAUUCGCUGUCCGGGCAGAGUAAAAACUUUGCCGGACCGCAGUAUUUUAUGGAUCGUAACCUGGUGCUGGUUACCUUCAAUUACCGGCUGGGCACGUUGGGCUUCCUCGCCACAGGCACGGAGGCGGCGGCCGGCAACAUGGGUCUAAAGGAUCAAGUUCAACUGCUGCGUUGGCUGAAGCUCCACAUCUCGCGCUUUGGCGGAGAUCCCAAUGCCAUCACACUCUUGGGCUAUGGGGCUGGGGCCAUGGCUGUGACACUCCACAUGGUGUCGCCAAUGUCGCAGGGUUUAUUCCAUCGGGCUAUUGUAAUGAGUGGCGCCGCAACGGGUCAGUGGUCGCUGCCCGAGGAGCAAAUGGAUGUGGCUAGGAAACAAGCAGCCUUAUUGCAGUGCUCCAUCGAGAGCAUUGCCGAGCUAGUGGAUUGUCUGCGUGGGAAACAUUAUCUGGAGUAUGCAAAUAGCUUGCCGCGCAUGUUUGAUUUCGGACGUAACAAUCCGUUGAUUAUUUGGAAGCCAGUCGUUGAGCCCGACUUUGGACAGGAGCGUUUUCUCAUCGAGGACCCUGUGCGCAGUUAUCAAAAUGGCGAUUUCAUGAAAAUACCCGUCAUAACGGGCAUGACGAAAGAUGAAUUUGUGGGUCCGGCCAUAUCUAUUCUUCAGAGUCGCACGCUGCUCGACACCUUCAAUGAUAACUUUGAGGCCUUGGCUCCCAUUUGUUUUCUCUAUAACGCAAGCAGUCCGCGCUCGCAAAACAUAAGUCAAGAGCUUCGAGAGCAUUAUUUCGGCUCCCAGCCGCUCGAUGCGAAUAGCUCGUUGGAAGCGCUCGCCACUCUGUACUCGGAUGCUCUGACUGGCUUCGGUAUACAUCGCUUUGUACACCUGGCAGCGCGCUCCACUAAGGUCUACUACUAUCGGUUUGCCUACCAGGGCGGUCGCAGUCACAUCCACUAUCCGGAGGAGUCACCCUACGGUGUGGUGCAUCACGACGAUCUGAUGUAUUUGUUUGUGGAGCCCUCGAUCAGUCGCAUGUUCACCGAGGACGAUGACGAGUUCCGCAUGGUCGAUAUCAUGACUAGAAUGUUUUCGGCCUUCGCCUAUAAAGGUGAUCCGAAUAAGCCGAGUGAUGAGCAACUGCGUGCGAUACGUUGGCGACCAUUCAGCUUCAAGAAACGCUACUAUCUGGAUAUAGGGGAUGAGCUAAUCAUGCAGGAGGGUCUGAAUUCGGCACGCUACGAGGUCUGGAAACGUCUCUUCCCCUUGAACUGGCGACGUCAGACCAAGGAACGCUGGAUAAUGGAUUAUAUCUAA